AUGAUGAGUGUUGCAUCGCAGACGGAAAUUAGUAUAGCCAACGAGGAUUCUCUGCAUACUGCAAACUCGAUCGAUUCGCUGCCAGAGCAUUAUGUGGCAGGGCCACAGAGCAUGCACCCAGAGGUUACAAAUGGUCAAGGUACCCAUCUGUCAAAGAAAUCUACUCUUCGAGAUAGGAAUUUGAUGGUCCCCAGAGCCCAGAGAAGGGGUAUCUUGGCAAAUUUCGCGUUAGUACCGGAGUACAAGGAUGCCAGGGAUUACCCACCGAAACUCAAAGGUCUUAUUGUACUUUUGAUCGCAUACGCCGCCAUGAUGGGUCCCAUGGGAACCUCCAUUAUCUACCCGUCAAUUAGCCCCAUUUCCAAAGAUUUUCAAACUCCAACGAUCAUGGUCAAUGUUUCCGUUGGAGUUUAUCUUCUCAGCCUUGGAAUCCUACCAAUAUGGUGGUCUUCUCUGUCGGAGCACAAGGGUCGCAGAACCGUAUAUGUUCUCAGUUUCACGCUUUUGCUGGGAUUCUGCAUUGGGAGCGCUCUUUCGCCAAAUAUCAACGCUUUCAUUGUAUUUCGUAUGCUAUGUGGGGCCUCUUCUGCGAGCGUUCAGAGUGUUGGGGCUGGCACUGUUGCCGAUUUGUUUAAACCGGAACAAAGAGGCAAAUACUUAGGCUACUACUAUCUCGGCGCCUUAACCGCUCCUCUUACAGCACCAAUCAUCGGCGCUUUAUUGGUAAGUAGAUGGAGCUGGAGGUCAACUCAAUGGUUUUUGGUAAUUCUUGCGGGGGUUACUGUCUUACUAAUGACCUUACUUUUGCCUGAGACUUUGAGGGUGCAAGAGAGCAAGAGCGCUAUAGCUGCAAUUUUGGCCGGAAGGCGGACAGGCGGAAACGUUGUGUCCGAUGAAACCGCUAGUGAUGAAGGCCAUGCUGAAACCAAACCGGAUGAAUCUCUUGGCGUUGUGGAUUCGAAUGUGGCGCGAGACGAGGUGGAAAUCAAUAGAAUGAUCACCAGAACGAGUGAACUUGCUCAGUAUCCUCCCGACGAUGACGGACCGCACGGGGAUGUCAUGGCCCCCCAAAUUACCCGACUGCAGACGCGGGAUCGUAUCUUGGAACAGCGCCUACGCGAGGGAGAGUUGAAGAAAUGGAAAACAAAUGUCGAGAAGGAACUAGAGAAACUAGAGAGUGAGCGCGGACAAAAUUUGGUAUCUGACACGCCUUCAAAAAAUUUGAAGACUGAGCUUUACGUAUACUUUGUGAAACCUCUCAAAUCUUUGCACUUCCUCGGAUUCCCACCAGUGAUGCUUGCUAUUACUUUUUCAGCAAUAUCUUUCGCGAUUUUGUAUUUUGUCAACAUAACGCUCGAAUAUCAAUACGCCAGGCCGCCUUACAAUUUCAAACCUCUAUACGUGGGUCUACUAUACAUUCCUAACUCUGUGACAUAUAUUAUUGCCUCUAUUUAUGGGGGCCGCUGGGUCGAUAAUUUGCUGAAGAAGCAUAAAGAAAAGUACGGAAUCUUGGUCCCAGAAGCGCGGAUUUCGUGGAACGUCGUCACUGCAGUGGUGAGUUUCCCAAUAUCACUCCUCAUCUUUGGAUGGUGUUUAGAUAAACAUCAGCACUGGGUCACUCCGCUGGUAGGAACUGCUCUUUUUGGGUUCGCCUCUAUGAUGACUAUCGGUGCCACUGUAGCCUAUCUCGUUGACUCUUUGCCAGGGAAGGGCGCCACCGGUGUCGCUUUGAACAAUUUGAUACGUCAAAUCCUUGCGGCAGUAGCUGUUUUCGUCACAGAACCGAUGCUUGAAGGAAUGGGAACCGGAUGGGCUUUUACCAUGUUGGCCAUCAUUGUAAUUGCGGCGAGCUCGGUUCUGAUAAUUUUGAAGAUUAGAGGCGAUUACUGGAGGGAAAACUUUGACCUUCAGAGCUUAUACGAUAAGCUGGAGUAA